AGGGCAGGCAAGGAUGGGUGGGUUUGAAAGACACACGUACUGGGAGCAAGAGAGAGGGCCUCUCGCAAUUGUCCAAGCGUGUCCACCACACGAGGCUGGUGCUAUACAUUCGGUGGAUGUAUUUUUGUUUUUUUAUCGUGUUCGGGCGUACCCUUGACUGCUUUCUGCUCCCACCCAAGGCAUAUACAGGGAGACGGUUGACACGUGGAAUAGCCUGGACAAGACAGUAGCUGUACUGGGGCAUAAGAUGUUGGUUGAAAAGGCGGGAAGUGAUUUCGAUGGGAUAGAUAGGCUAGGAAAAACGUACUUGAGCCACCUUUGGCAAGGCAGGAACGAUUGGGCCAUCGGUGAUCGGUCCUGUGGGAACAUUUCACCGUCCUCUGGGGGACGCGUGAGGAUGAUGGUCGAUACUCCAAAGCGCGCUGCUAGCGCCGGCGGGGCGUCGGCAGGAGCAGAAGGCGGCGCUACCGGCAACGGCAGUGGCUCUACUCACGGGGGGACGGUGCGAAAUAGUGGGAGACGGGCGGGCGGGGGGGGGGCGGGGGCGGGGGGGAGCGGACACAGCGUGACCGCGCGGGAAGUUGCGAGGCAGGUCUACGGCGAGAGCGGGUUAAGGGGUUUCUACAGAGGGUUCGGCAUUUCUGUGCUGCAGUUCGCGCCGACGUCGGCGAUCUGGUGGGCCGCGUACGGUGUGUACAGCCGGGCGUUCGUGCGCGCGCUGGGGAACCUUCCCGAGCCGGUCCCGAAGCUGACGGCGCAGCAGCGGCAGGUCGGGGGCCAGGCGGCGGCGGGGUUCUGCACGGGGAUGACGACGGUGCUGUUGACCAACCCCCUGGACGUGCUGAGGACGAGGCUCCAGGUGGAGGGGCGCCGCGGCGACGAUCGAACGAUAGUGUCGGAGUACCGAAUUUUGAUGGCGGAGAGCGGGCCGAGGGGGCUGAUGAAGGGGCUCGGGCCGCGGAUACUGGCGGUGGCCCCGGCGUCCGUCCUCAUCGUCAGCGUCUACGAGCUCAUCAAGCGCUUGAGCAGAAAAACUCCGCUCGCGCCACCGCCCGCGGAGACCCCGCAUUUUCCGUCACAACCGCCGGCCACCGCGAGGACGGCCACCUUUGCUACUACUGCUGUCACAGACCCAAAUCACCGCUGACCCCGCACAAAGUUGUUAUCGUCUUUUUUGUGUGUGUGUGUGUCUCGGCGUGACGCGUGCAUGUGAAUGUACCUCUUUAUGAGGUCACCGGUAGCGGGGAGGACGGGGGCGAGAGGGUGAAAAUUUUGCUGGUGUUUUUACUUAAACCUCGGGUGUGCCGUCCGUCUUUCGUGCUCGCGGGCGCGCGCGCGUGCUUCGUGUGCAAUUUUUGUGUUCCAUUUUUGUGAGCAUGUCUUCUUGGGAGUGGUCCUAUGGCUUCCCCUCCUCUGUUUUCUUUCCUGUGCAGUAGUUUGUUGGAACUAGCGGGCCGAGAAUUGUCCGCGGUCGUGUUUCGCGCCUGUUCUUGGUUGCCCCCCACCCGCCUUUCUUGCUAGGUGCUGGUACUGUACCCGCACUUUUCCAGCCUGCGAGACAUCACCUCGUAGUUGACACACGACGAUGUAUUCAAGGCGUGCUGUUCCCAACUGCGUGGUUUCGCUUUCUUCAUUUCGGUUCGUCUCUCCAACAGUUUACAACAAAUAAAUCUGUAUCUUGAAGGAGAGGUACAGACAAGUGUACUAAAUGCUGUAUUUUCACACAAGUGUGCCUGUGAGUUGGGCGAAUUUUCGGUUAGCUUUACAGCGGUGCAAAUGUGUUUUUUUUUUAACGAUUAACGUAAAAUAACACACGUGGGACAAUGGAUGCGGGGGAAGAGGUGGAAGGGAGGGAGCAGGGGGGCUUUCUGGCCAGUGCAGAUUGUUCCAAUUUGGAAGCGCGGCACUAGGUCACGCUUACUCUUGUGUGUUGGAGCAGAACUCUUCUGGUAAUCUUGGUCGGGCGUCGUUACGAACAGUUGUAAUUAUUCGAAAAGAACGACCCAACCCGGCUGGAAGGACUUCUAUGUGCAUCUUAGCACCAUCCCUUCGUCCGGUAAGGACUGGCACACCAACAUGCGGGGAUUUGCUCCCAACGUAGUCCCUCUCGCCGUCUUUCCCCCAAAAGUGCAAAUUUGGUAUCCGCUGCGGCGAGCCCCCCGACUAUUUNACAGUUCUUCCAGCAAAAGCUGAGCGCUCUUUUACUUCGUUACAAUCGAGAGAACCUUUCGCUGUCCAAUCUGCCGUCAUGCUGCACCGCGUGUGUCCCUGUGAAGGACACCGAAGAAGCCUUUUCUACUUUUUCGAUCAGUGGCAGCAAACUCGUUGUUUCAAGGACUUGCCAUCGUUUUCUCGCUGGCUUCUUGCGCCCCAAAAGUCGUCCACACCACCCCCUUCCUCGAGUAUUCUCGGCUCCUCUCCCGGACACCUCCACCUACCAUCAUUUUUCCCUCUGAAAAUCAACGGGAAUUCCACGCUUGCUGCUGCUGCUAAACCGUUGUCGGCGACUGGGGUGGUGGUGUGAUCACGACGAUUUCUCGAUUCGUUCACACAAAUAAAACAUCCAACAACGAACGACGACUUCGACGCCGACAACUAAGGCCACUCG